CCAAGAGACCCCGGCUAAAAGACAAAUCGAGAGAAAUGGCGAUACCUAAUUAGCUGGGUGAAUGUGGCUGAGGAAUAUAAUCGUGUUCCAUUAGACUUUUGAGUAGAAAAUGGCUGCGUCUAAAGGCCCGAUGCUGAUUCAACGACUAUCGCGUGGCACGCUUUUCCCUUCUGCCUUUGCUGUUUCUUUCUCUCUUUCAUAUUACACACGUACAAUACGUUUUGUCUUGUCGUUUGUUGAUCUUGACUCUUCCUGUCCCAAGACGAGUGGACCUGGAUGGCGUAUACGCCUCCCGAAAGCAAACCGGCACCCGUUUUCCCUUUAUUUUUAGUCGCCGUUCUCAAAAGUGAGAAAUAAAAUUUUAGGCUAAACCAACGGUCGAUGAAAAGUUGAAGUUGAGUUGAGUUGCAACUCAAUUAAGCUUUUGUAUAACAGGCACAAACUCUGUUAGGUACGUUGCUCUUGUUACGUUACGUCAAAUCCAAUCUCAAGCCCGAUCAACAAGAGCCUUGGAAGAAGGCGAAAAAAGAACUGGAUCUUUUGCUCAGGCCCUCCUCCAAGUCCAUGGCAGCCCUGCCCUGGAAGUUUAGGUUCAUGGCCCCAGGUUCAGGUCCCGGUCAGUGGUCGACCCAGUAAAGGCCUCCACCCCGAACUGACCUCCAGCGGCCGCUAGUACCUUUCAGUUGGGCUCUUUGUUGCCCGUGUCGUCUGUGUUUUCUGUCUCAGUCUCACCCCCGACCUUCCAAAUCCAAUCACUCACCCAACCCAGCCCAGCUCAGCCCAGUUCUAGCCAACCUCAUUCUCGCUCUCAUUCUCGUCUUUCAUCUUAAUCUUCGCUUCUCCUCUACUUCACUUCUUCUCAUACAUCACCAGGUCAAUUUCGAAAUAUCGCUUAACCACUCUCGACGCGUCUUCCUUAGCGAAUAACCUCGUUACUCCUUAUUCUCAAACGGAUCGACGGUCGGUCAACAGUUCCAAAGACAACUCCCCGUCGUGAGCACGCUAGACUUAGCCAUGUCCACGCCGGGUCAGGGCACUCAGCCCACAGAGGCGUCGGCUCCUAACCCAUCCUCUGUCGACAAUAACAGCAACGCCAACCAACCUUCGUCUCCUGCUGAGAACUCAUCACCAGCACAGCCCGCAACUUCGAACUCAGCUUCAAAUAACAGUCCUUCGGCCACGCAGCCGAGCCCAUCCGCCGACGAAACACAACCAGCGACUAAUGAUGCGAGCCAAGCAUCCGAUAACGCCAGUGCCUCUGAAACAGCUGCACCUGCGCCAACAUCGGAUAAUGCAUCGCCUUCUUCCGGCGACCCCUCUCCCUCACCGACGAGCUCCAGCAGGUCUACUCAAGCAAAACCAACUACAGAGGCGGCAGACGCAUCCUCAACCGAUGACAGCAAUGAUCGACAGAGCACUACGGAAAAUAACGAGGCGUCUGCCACUGAAAUUACUACAUCUGAGGUUUUGUCGACUAUUGUCACCGUAACGGGUAGUCAGGGACCUGAAACGAGCAUUGUUUUGGUUACCGCGAUUCGUACACAGAGAGUUACCGCUACCGAGGCCUCCGCUUCCGCCACCAGUACUGACGAUGCUGAUGCCAUCGGUGGUAGUGGCAGCGGAAAUGGAGGUGGUGGUCUGAGCCAGAAGAGCAAAGUUGCUAUCGGCGUUGCUGUGCCAAUUGCUGCGAUUGCCAUCCUUGCGCUCCUCGGUUUAUUCUGGUGGAAGAAGCGCAAAACUCGACGACAAGCCGAAGAGGAGCGACGAAAGGAAGUUGAGGAUUAUGCCUACAACCCCAACGCCGACCCCACGAUCCCUGCAGUUGGAAUGGCAGAUGGUGGCUAUGAGAUGCGGGAAGAUGGCUCUUCCGGUUACCGUGGCUGGGGCAACACUACCCUUGGCUCUACUGGCCGCAAGGCUUCCACUACUCUGUCUGGUGGUGUCACUGGAGCCUACUCAGAUAUUACUUCGCCUACUCGAGGCAACAUGUCAGACGGUCGCUCUGGCGAGCCUCUUAUGGAUGGUUCACACUCGCCAGAGGGCGAAAUUCUCGGAGCAAUGGGCCCGUCUGCUGCCAACAACCGCGGCGCAGAUGUACAUCGUGGACCAUCCAACGCUUCCUCCUCUUACAGUGCUGCUGGCCGAUCCGAUGCUUCGGACCCCAUGGGAGUACCAUAUGGCGCUGGUAACGGGUACUACGACCAAUACUCACAGAACCCCUAUAGCGACAACGGGCCACAACAGGCAGUCAUUCGCGAUAACCCGGCACGACGAAACACACGCAUUGAGAACCCGUCUCACUACCCUCAGCAGAGCGCGGGUAUUUCACAAAACUUUUAAACUCUCACUUGAUCCUCCGUGCUACCGAAUUCGGUCACCACGACCUUUCCUAUGUCUCUAGAAAGAUACCCACGCCUUUCGAUAACUCUCGCUAGGAGGUGGAAUAUGCACUCGAAUGGCGUUUCACACUUCCGGCAUCUCCUUUAUUUCACCAAUUACCUACGUUGAAUAGGUUGCAACUUAAUCACUCACUUUUUCCGGAUCUCUGAGUCUCAUCCGGGGAUCCUUUUCCUUUUUGAUUACCACAUCUUCAAAACGGAGUAUUUCUGGUUCUUUUUCUUUCUUCCUAUCUCGCUUCAAAGGGCACCAACGACAGGGUGGCACCCCUUGGGAUAUGUUUACAUCAUGAGGUGGAAUCUGUACAUAUGAGGAACGAUGGAGUUAUCUUGCCCUCUGUCUGGUAUGAUUGAAAGGGCAAUUAUUAUUCGCCUGGUAAUAUUUGGGUUAAGAGGAGGUGUAAAAAAGUUAUGUCCAAGUUGAAUAGUGGUGGAUGGUGUGUCAGAUGAGUUGUGUAAGGGGAUUUGGUGUGGUCUUCUAGAAGUCGGCGGUUGAACAAUGUUGAAACGUGGAUUUAUAGAGGUAUAUAGCAAGCGAAUUGAUGAAAUGUUAAAUGCUAUGUAACAGUACUUGUACGACCAG